CACGUGCUGUGAUAAUGGCGGGCGAUGGAGUAGAGGCUCUUUACAGGAAUUAUGGCAUCUUGGCAGACGCUGGGGAUAAAGCUGGAGAACAAACAGAAGCUUUUUUGGGUUUAUUGGAAAGUGCCAAAGGCUCCGCGGCAGUGAAGCGGCUUGUGUCCGGUUUUAUUGCUAAAUUUGCUCGUUUUUUCCCAACACUUGAAGGAGACAUCAUGAACGUUCUCUUUGAUCUUGUGGAGGAUGACGAAUCCCUGGUAAGGCAAGCUGCAAUUAAGUCUUUACCUGAAUUAUGUAAAAAUAAUAAAAGUAAUAAAGACCUGUGUACUAAAGUAGCUGAUGUUCUCACACAAUUACUAGUAUCAGAUGAUCCAGCUGAUGUAAUAUUAGUUAAAUCAGCAAUGUCAACCAUAUUGAUUCAUGACACACCCAGUGCAUUAAUUGGAAUAUUUGAUCAGAUAUUAGGAGAAGAUGAAACCCUGAGAGAGAAAGCCAUUGAGUAUGUGUCAGUCCCUCUAAUGGACAUGAGGCAUGUUCUCUUCAUACCCAAAGAAGAAAAUGAAAAAUGUCUACUUGAACUUGUUAAAAAGGUACUUGGUGAUGUGACAGCCGCAGAGUUUGAGACGUUUGUAGAUGUUUUAGGUAAAUUACAUCAUUUACAAUCGCCCGAAGGUGCUAACGUUAUUAUUGACGUUAUUGCCGAACAGGCCGAGCUUGACGGUAACUUUCAGUCUGAAGGGCCGGAAGCUAUCGAUAGAUUUAUCACUUGUUUUAGAUUAGCACUCAAAUAUUGUAAGAAAGGUGGUAGCUCAUAUCAGUUUGUUAGAUAUGCAUCAGUGGAAAUAUUACCAUCAUUUGCUUCCAUAACUGACGCACAAAAGCAACAAAACGU